AUGGGGUUUCAAGCUGCCCUGAAGCGGAUAGAGCUCCCCUAUGUUUCCCGGUGGAUUAACGACGAUAUUCGGCCUAUUGAAGCUCAAAGACGCACUUGGGGCUUCUUGACUUUUCACAACUUUUGGCUCUUGGUCAACUGCAAUAUCACCACCUACUUGACCGGGAGUGCCCUCAUCCCUCUCGGUUUGACUUGGUGGCAGGCCUUUAUAUGUAUCAUCAUCGGCAAUCUCAUUGCCACUGUCGCCGUGAUCGUUAACUCACUUCCUGGUAGUUACUAUCACAUUGGCUUCCCCGUGUUCAGUCGAGCUGUAUGGGGAAUGUGGGGUUCACAAUUCGUCAUUUGGAACCGCAUCUUUCUCAUAAAUAGGUAUGGCUUCACAGCCUGGGUUGGAGGGGAGUGCGUCUACGUGAUCCUCCUUUCCUGGGACCCAAGGCUCGAAUCCCAUAUCCCCAACGGCAUGCCAGUAGACACGGGCAUGACGACUGCACAAUUCGUCUCGUAUGUCAUCUUCAGCGUCAUUUCUCUCCCAGUCAUCUGGAUUCGCCCGCAUCGUCUCGAAAACUUCUUCCGCUUCGCCUGCUCCAUCACCCUUGUCUUCUUCGUCGUGCUUCUCAUCUGGGCCCUCGCAACCAUGGGUCCAUCAGGAUUUGGCGAUACUAUCACCUCGGGGUCAGCCCUUUCCAACACGGGUGGACCGGACAGCGUGGCUUGGUUGAUGAUCUACGGCAUCGUAUCAACAAUCGGUUCCAUCGCGGCCGGUAUUUUGAACCAGAAUGACUAUUCCCGCUUCGCUACGCAGCCCAAGCACGCCAUCGUGGGCCAGGCUAUCUCGUUUCCUUUCUAUAGCAUCUUCAGCUCGUUGAUAGGCAUCCUCGUCACUGCAGCGACUCAGGAGCGCUUCGGGGGCGAAGCCAUCUGGAACCCGCCUACCCUCUUUGCUCAGCUCCUGGCCCAGGACGAAACCGCUGGGACGCGGGCGGCCUGCUUCUUCGCGGGACUUUGCCUCGUAAUAUCGCAGAUCGGAGUCAACAUCCCUGGAAACGCGCUUGCCGGCGGCUUUGACCUGGCAGCGACGUUUCCCAAGUACUUGAACAUCCGUCGCGGCGCCUACAUCACCGCAAUUUUCAGCGUUGUCAUCAACCCUUGGCGUCUUGUCAACACUGCAACAAUCUUCCUCACGGUCCUUUCAAGUUACAGUGUUUUCUUGGCUCCGAUGACGGGGUUGAUGAUAUCUAGCUACUUGAUUGUUAAUAAGAGCAAGGUGAACGUCAACGACCUGUACCGCGGCGACUCUGGAAGCAUCUACUGGUUCUCUUACGGUUGUAAUUGGCGAGCUCCGGUGGCAUGGCUUGUGGGUGUUGUACCCUGCAUGCCUGGCUUCAUCGCUGCCGUUGACACUUCAGUGAUUGUGAGCGAAGGCGCCACAGAGCUGUACUCCAUGUCAUACAUCUACGGGCUCCUUUCCAGCGGUCUUGUGUACGCCUUGUUGCAUCGGUAUCUCCCGGCGAAAAGCUUAGACGCCUUUGUCAGAGACUCGCCGUCGGCCCGUGAACUCCAACAAAUGCAUCAGAGCAAAUGGGAUGUGACGCUGGCCGAGACUCCCGAAAUUCUCGAUGUGCUUUCUGGGCAUGGAAAAGCGCACAGGUGUUAUCGGCCAACUGCAUCGGCCAACUUCCCUCGCACAACAUCACCUGGGUCCGUCGGCCAACCUUAUCACGAACCCUUGAUAGCAUUAUCAUCGACGCCAUGCCUAACGAUACCAGAAAGUCGUCUCAAGGACGUAAAUUCAAAGUGCCGAGCGAGUUCGGCCAUGCUAGACAAUCGAGAAGCCGAAAGAACCGUCCUUGUGACGCGUGUCGCAAGAGAAAGACGGCGUGCGUUAUCACCUCUACGCCACCCUGUAAGUGGUGUGGUCCCCGAGUCUGCAGGCAUAGAAUGCAAGUCAUCGGCCUCGGAAAGCGUUGGUUCUGCGUCGCCUGCAUCUGCAUCCGCACCCGCCCCUCAGGAUGUCGCGCAAGAUGGGCCCUCCAGUCACUCGGAAUCUCCACGGAUAACGUUAGAUGAUUCGGUUCCUUCGCCUCGCAAUGACACGCUUGAAAUAUUUCCGGUACCUCACGUGCAAACACUAGAAGACAAUGAAAACAGGACAGCACAUAGCAUGGGCCUGGCAGCUGAGCAAGACACCCACUUCCUUGCCUCUUUCCGCUCGGACGUCCUGAGCGGUCCCAAUCAGAUCGACGCAGAGUUUAUCCAGGUCUACGGAGGAAGCGGGUACCCCUGGGAUCCUCCGGUUCACUUCUGUCUCUUGCAGGACGAGUUUACAACCCAGGACAAUAGGGCCAGGGAAGAAGCAUCUCGUGCGAUAGAGGAAUUGGUCGAACCUCACGGCCCCGCGCUCGUACGCCUGUAUUUCAGACACAUCCAUCCGGUACUGCCUUUUCUAUCAAAGUGCAGGUUCUUGAGACAGUACUCCGACGAUAAGACCAAGCUUCCUGCCUCCCUCCGCGGGGCCGUUUACGCCCUAGCCUCGGUCUUUGAGAAGACUGAACCGUCUCUGCAAGGCCCCUUUCCUUUCCGACAACAUGAUCUCGCCGACCUUGCCACAGACUCCUUACAACGAGAACUCGACUCGCCAAACUUGGCUAAGCUUCAAGCAUCUCUGCUGCUCCUCCACAUGACGCCCAACAGAACAGACAGCAUCGCGCAUCCCAGGACCUGGACAUCGACAGCGCAGGCCGUAGCCACUGCCCAGAUGGUUGGGUUGCACCAGGAUGCUGGGAAGUGGAAUCUCCCUGCGUGGGAGAAGAGACUACGGAGGAAGCUGUGGUGGGCUACGUAUGUAGCUGACGUGUGGUCGGCAGUGUGCCACGGAAACCCGCCACACAUUUAUCCAGCUUCUUUCAACACAUCACACGUUACAAUGGAGGAUUUACGCGCUGAAGAGAGCGUUUCGGAGGAGUUGCGUGGAUUGGUCGACCAGGACAAUGUGGAGUUUGAUGUUGCUACGGGGGCCCGGUUUCUGGAAUUGGUGAACGUGAGCCAGACCAUGCGUGGGGUCAUCGACUGCAAGUCACAGAAGAUAGAGGUGAUGAACCGAGGGCGUCUUGUCUCGCUCCAGGGCGAAUUGCACAACUGGUUGACACUGCUGCCGCAAUGUCUUACGAUGCCUCAACUUGUGAGGGAUCCUGUUUUAUCCAACAAUGCGCCCCUUCACCUCGCGUACUAUGCCCACUUGGCGCUUCUUUACCGCGCACUCAUGAACCCAGCUACCAAGAUUGCCAAGGCAAUGCCAUCAUCCAGCCUGCACCUGUGGUUCGGCACUGCGCUCUCCGACUUUGCUAGCUUCACGAAUUUCAUGGGCGAACUAACCCCUAAGGACCUACAAGGUUUCUGGGGCUGCCGUAUGUCUCCGUUCCGCUUUCCUAGAGACGUCACUUCGGCCUUCAACCUGCUCGAGGGCUUUCAUGACAUCCUGCAGCGGCUCAAUCGACAGGCGAACUCAAUUUCGGAGUUACUUCUCCUUCCAGUCACCCUUCGGAUAGACUCGUUCUUCACCCAAGCAGCCGACCGACUACGCGGUGGGCCACCUGUCAUCGGCACAGCCGCGGCAACUUCAACUUUCGCAGCGGCACCAAACAUAAUCUAG